AUGGAUAAUCAAGCAGCAUUGGAUUUAUUAUUAACGGAAUUUUUUCAUGCACCAACAUAUUAUACAUCUUCAGCUCGUACACAAGAGAUACGGGAAAGAGCUAUAGAUUUAAACACACUUUUAAACGUUUAUUCACAAGCAACUUACGUUAAUGAUGAUUUUGAUGCCGAAGACUUUCGUAAAUGGUGGAAAUCUAGACAUCAUAUGGAAUUUAGGGGAGCAAAAAAUAAUCGACCAAUUUCAUUUUUAAUAAUUUAUUAUUUAUAUAACGAAUGGAAAGAACAUGAUGUACCAACGAAUAGAAGUAUGUGUGACAAAUGUAAUGAAAGAAAUUUAAGUGAAAAUUUUUGCCUAACUUGCGUUGAAAAUGGUAGUAAGAGUGUUUGUCCAAAAUGUUAUCCAAAUCUUGAAAUACCUUUACAAAAGUUUUGUAUCGGACAUUGGUUACAAAAAGGUGAAUGGACAUCUAAUAAUAAAUUAUUAGAUGAGUGCAUUCGUGCCACUCAGAUUAAACAUGAGUCGGAUCAAAUUUAUGGGGAGGUUUCCGUACCACAAUUUGUUCGCCGUCAUAGAAGUCAUUCUGGAAGGUCGUCAUCGUCAAGGGAUAGUGAAGCAAAAUCUCGUGAAGUUCGAGCUAAGCAUGAAUUCGUUUCAUUUCCUUCAAAUUUUUUGGAAUGGAUUUCUUUUGAACAAUUUAAGGAUGUUCAAAUCAUUAGGGAAGGUGAAUUUGCCAUUGCCUUUUCAGCUAUAUGGUCAAAUGGUCCUAAUUGGAGAUGGGAUCAAGAAUCAAAUCAAUAUUUCAGAGAAGGAGAAAAGCAAGUUGCGUUGAAAAGGUUAUUUAAUUCUAACCAGGACGUUACCGCAUUAAUACGAGAGACAACUACCUUCAUUUCGGACCUUGGGAUGUGUUGUCCGGCAGAGAUUCCUACUUCGGAUUACACAAGUUCAGGCGUCUAUGGUGUCUUACCUUAUGUAGCACCAGAAUUAUUACAAGGUGAUCAUUAUACCAAAUAUGCUGAUAUUUAUAGCUUCGGGUUAAUUAUGUGGGAAUUGGCGACAUGUGAAAAACCUUUUUCUAAUAGAGCUCAUGACAAAGUAUUGGCAAGUCAAAUUUGCGAAGGAUUAAGACCAUAUAUUAUUGAAAGUGAUAAUUUUACCCCGAAAUGUUAUGUUGAUUUAAUGAAAAGAUGUUGGGACGCUGAUCCAUACCAACGCCCCUUUACAAGAGAAUUAAGAGAUAUAAUCAAACGUUGGUAUUUGGGUGAAAGGGAUUCUACAAAAUUUGAAGAAGCCGAAAAUAAUCGUCAAAUGAAAAUGAAUGUUGAGAAGCCUGUCAUAAUCUCACAUCCUAAUGCUAUUUAUCAAACUAAAUUUUUAAGCUUUACAAAUUUACCCGCACCAAAAAAUUUAAUUUAA